AUGCCGCCCAAACCCCUAAUAACCCACCUCUACACAGCCGAUCCCUCCGCCCACGUCUUCAACAACAGACUCUACAUCUACCCCUCGCACGACCGCGACACUGCCACCUCUUCAAACGACAAUGGCGACCAGUACGAUAUGGCCGACUACCACGUUUUCUCCCUCCCGUCUCUUACUACCUCGUCAGAUGGGGAAAUCGCUGUAACAGACCACGGCACCGUCCUCUCAACACCCGACGUCCCCUGGGCAUCGAAACAGCUCUGGGCGCCCGACGCUGCAGAGCGGAAUGGGAAAUUCUACCUUGUGUUUCCGGCGAGGGAUCAGGAGGGUCUGUUCAGGAUUGGGGUUGCAGUGGGGGAAAGGCCCGAGGGGCCGUUUGUUCCUGAAAAGGGCUUUUGGGAGGGGAGUUACAGUAUUGAUCCGGCGGUUUUUGUUGAUGAUACUACUGACGGCAAUGAUAAAGAUGGAGAUGGGAAGGCGGCGUUUGUGUAUUUUGGGGGUCUGUGGGGCGGGCAGUUGCAAUGCUGGGCUAAGUCUAAGUCUUCUCCUCAAGAUGGUAGUGAAGGCUGGGUGUUUGAUAAAGACGGGAAGGAGCCAACAGGCGAUGGAGUACCGGCAUUAUUCCCCCGUGUCGUGAGAUUAUCAGAGGACAUGUUGAGUUUCGCAUCGCCAGUCCGUGAACUGCAGAUUCUGGACGAAUCCGGUAUCCCCAUUGCAGCGGACGACCAUGACAGGCGGUUCUUCGAGGCCGCGUGGAUGCACAAGUACAAUGGGCGGUAUUAUUUCUCGUACUCGACGGGGGAUACACACUACCUGGUUUAUGCGGUUGGGGACUCGCCGCUGGGUCCAUUUACGUACCGGGGGAGGAUCCUGGAACCAGUGCUGGGGUGGACGACGCACCAUUCGAUCGUGGAGUUUGAGGGGAAGUGGUGGCUUUUUUAUCAUGAUUGUGAGCUUUCUGGGGGUGUGAGCCAUUUGAGGAAUGUGAAGGCCAGGGAGAUCGGGUAUGAUGCCGAGGGAAGCAUUUAUCUUGUUGAUUAA